AUGGUGAUAAGAAAGUGUUUAGUGACGCUAGUGACCUUGUGUUUUCUUGUCACUCUGUACCCACUUCAAGCAUCGGGAUAUAGAAUUUUGGGUAUCAACACCAGCCCUAGUCGCUCGCAUGUCAUCGUACAGGAUGCACUUAUGAAGGAACUUGCACGACGAGGCCAUCACGUAACGAUGGUGAGCCCUUAUAAUGAGCCAGAAAAGGUACCAAACUAUCGCAAGAUUACGGUUCCUAUGGAUCCGUGGGCUUCAGAUUUCACCAAAACCAUAUUUGAAAGUACAAACUCCCGCUUGGCAAUGAUGCAGCUAAUGCCGGAGAUGCUACGACUCAGUACUAUUCCAGUUAAUAAAACCCUCCGAUCGCAAGAAUUUCAAAGCCUCAUAAAAGAACCGGAAGGAUACGACCUACUAAUAACAGGCAUCAUGAGCGACGCUGUGUUUGGUGUGAGUCACAUACUGAAGUGUCCCAUUAUAAUCGUGUGUCCUAAUGCACCGAUGGCAAUCGUUAAUUCGAUGGUCGCGAACCCCACGCCAAUCUCCACCAUCCCGAACAUGAUGCUGGGUCUAACGAACCCAAUGUCAUUCGGACAAAGGUUGGCCAAUUUUGGCGGACUUUUGUUUGAGGAAUUUUUUGCUACCGUGUGGAAGUACUAUCAGCGUAAAGCUUACGAAGAGCUAUUUCCACCGGGUCAGUACCCUGCGUACGAUGAGCUCCGGAACAAUGUUUCGCUCGUGUUCGUUAAUCACCAUUUUACGAAAGGUUCUCCCCGACCGUAUGUGCCAACCAUGGUUGAGGUCGGAGGUUUACAGGUUAAGGAUAAACCCUCACCACUGCCUGAAGACAUCCGCCAGUGGAUUGAAGGGUCCGAUGAAGGAGUUAUCCUGUUUAGCCUGGGUACAAAUCUACUGAGCUCCUCAAUACCACCAGAACUGUUAAAUGCAAUUUUGGAAACGUUCCGCAACAUUAAGCAACGAGUCAUCUGGAAGUGGGAUACGCAUGUGAUGCCAAACAAGCCGGAUAAUGUCAUGUUGGUAGAGUGGCUACCGCAGGACGAUAUUCUUGCCCACCCUAAUGUACGACUGUUCAUCAUGCAUGGUGGAUUGGGUGGAAUUGCUGAGGCGUUGUUCCACGGUGUACCAAUAGUUGGAAUUCCGAUGUUUGGGGAUCAACCCGUGAAUCUAGCACAGGUGGAGAAAGAAGGCUGGGCCUACGUACUACAAUAUACCGAGCUCACAGUAGAAACGUUCUCAAAGGCAGUCACCGAGGUACUGCACAAUCCUCGCUAUCGGGAGAGUGUGAAAAGAAUAUCGCAGUUGUUCCGAGAUCGUCCACAAACUGCCAUGGACACUGCCAUCUUCUGGACGGAGUACGUAAUACGCCACAAGGGAGCAUACCAUUUAAGAUAUCCCGGUAUGGAUAUGAGCUUCGUGCAACGUCACUCAUUGGAUGUACUAGGGUUCGUAGCUUGUAUGACAAUUAUUAUCUUCAAGGUGAUAUCUCUCAGCUGUAGAUGGUGUUGUAGAAGAAGAGUGACUAAGUUAAAAAAGCAGUAAUU